UACUGCACAUCGGCCAGCGCCCUCACUCCCCGGAGAAGACCUGGACGCUGCUCACGGCCUGGCUCCAACAUCGCAGCCUGGCCGUCCAACAUCAGAGCAGGCAGGGUCUCCUCCUCCUCUGCAAGACCUACAGGGAGACCAUGGGCCUUAAGGAGCUCCUGGUCGGGGUCACUGCGGGGUUGCAAUCCCCCCACAACAACAUCACCUUGGAGUUCCUGGACCUGGCUGGCCGGCUGGAGCCCUUGCUUGAGGAAGAAGACCGGGGCCCCGCGAAGGUUCACCUGGCUGCCGUCUACCGCCUUCUCUUCCACCACGAGGCGGCCAAGAUCCGGAAGGCAGCCCUGGAAUGCUUCCAACAUAUUCUCUGGCGCCCAGAAGAUCCCAAUCAGGAGCGCCAGACCAUCCAUGGCCUCCUGGCGGUGCUGGUGCACGUGGAAGAUGAGGAUGAGGAGGUUGCCAAGGCUGCGAGGGAGACCCUCCGGGAGGUGGCGCAGGUCCUCGGAUGGCACCUGGAGGAGAGCGUUCUGGCGCGGGACACCUUCAGCCUGCAGGAGCUGCUGCACAAGAUGUCCAAGCGCCUGAUCCAGCACUGCAGCUCCAGGUGGGAGUUGGAGGAGAAGGUGUAUGGCUUCCUGCUUUUCUUUAAGAGCCAACAUCCAUCAGCAAAGAAGGCGGCAGCCAUGUUGCUCGGUCACCUGCUUCACAAGAUCGGCAGCAUCGCGACCCAGAGUAACGUCUGCACCUUCGAGGCCUGGCUGAUCUUCCUCCUUGCCGACCAUGACCCUGAAGUCAGGCGAGUUGGCUGGGAGACCAAGGCCAUCCUCGCCAGGACCUCCGCCCUCCACUCCCGGCACGGACUGCAAGCUGCUCUUCGGCGCUUGGUGGCGGCCAGCAGGCGACAGAGGUACCCCCCAGAGUACGCCAAGGACCCACCCACCUGAUGGACCGGAACACCACGAUCCCCCGCGUGCGCGCCCAACAGGAAGACCUGCGCUCCAGCUGUGCCGCAGCCCCAAAGGGAAGUAGCGCCCAGGAGGCGGGAGUCUGCCCAGCCCUGGCCCAGGGAAGCCCUGCCCCCUGCAGAAGCCCCGCCCCCGCUCUGGGCCCCAUUGCCACCAGGGGCCCUGGGAACAGAGCAGAGCAGAGCAGAGCAGGAAGACUGCCUGGGCCCCUCUGGCCCCUCUCUGGUUUCAUUGUUAACAUUAAUUUUUAUGGAAAUUUACCAGUUAGGUAAAACAGGGAAGAAA